UGAUAAUAACAUUUCCAAUGCUCAGGCUCAGCCACAAAUCAAACUCUUCGUCCGGUUCAUUUCCCAUUUCUUUCUCGUCGACUAUGGAACCCGCAAAACCCUCAAACCCCCUCUUAUCUCUCUCCACAUUCAUCCACCAGCAGUGCCUCCGGUUGGGAGCCGAGCUUACUACUCGGCUCGGUGAUACCACUCGAGCCCUAACCGCCAAUCUCCCGCCGGGGCCAACUAUCAGGCGGCUACGCCCGCAGCCUCUUUUCGCCUCUCUCUCGCAGCCGAAGCACGCCGCAGCUGCCAGCACGCUUAGCUCAGACCACGUGGCGAAAACGCUUGCCGGCACGGCAGUGUACACAGUGAGCAAUACCAACAAUGAGUUCGUGCUCAUCUCCGAUCCUGAUGGAGCCAAAUCAAUUAGCUUGCUCUGUUUUCGCCAAGAAGACGCCGAAACCUUUCUCGCUCAGGUUCGGCUGCGGAGAAGAGAAUUGCGAAGUAAGGCUAAGGUUGUGCCUAUCACUCUUGAUCAGGUGUACAUGUUGAAGGUCGAGGGAAUUGCAUUUCGGUUUUUGCCUGAUCCAGUUCAAAUAAAGAAUGCAUUAGAGCUGAAAGCUGCUGGUGUCAACAGUGGAUUUGAUGGAGUUCCUGUUUUUCAGUCAGACCUUCUUGUUGUGAAGAAGAAAAAUAAGCGUUACUGCCCAAUAUAUUUUCAAAAGGAAGAUAUAGAAAAAGAACUGUCAAAGGUUUCAAGGGCUUCAAGAGGGCUUGGUCUUGCUCAACAUAUCAUGGUGGGGAGUUUAGAGGAUGUUCUAAGGAAAAUGGAGAUGAGUGAGAAUAAUUCAGGCUGGGAAGAUCUGAUUUUCAUUCCACCUGGUAAAAGCUGCUCUCAACAUAUUCAGGAGGUAGCUAAGUUAUGAUGCAUUGGAUUGUUACUCCGGCAGAUCAUAUGAAUUAAACGGCAGCAAAUAUAACACGUUCCCAGUCUCAUAGUGAAGCAGGUUGGCCAUCAUAACCAAGCUAAUUGCCUCCUUUUCUUCUUCCUUUUUCUCUCUCUCUCACAUACAUUAGGAAUAAGGUCUCACACUGUUUAAACUUCCUUUCAUGAAUGUAGUCUGGAGUAGCCUUUAGAUAUAAAGAAGAGAUAUCACUUUGAAAAGGAAAAUAAGAGAAUGAAUUAACAUUCAAUUCAGUAAACUAGUCAGUGAACUAACACUGAAUGCUUAAUGAAUUAACAUUCAAUUCAGUAAACUAGUCAGUGAACUAACACUGAAUGCUUGACCUAUGCAAACUUGCUGCACUGUCUGUACAGUAUCAGACAUUAGUGCUCUGAAACUAGACUCAAUUGGUUAAUCUGUUAAUUGAAUGACAAAAUUUUCGAAUGUUUCUCUCUUUUCA